UGUCAACCAGCCGGACGGUGUUUUAAUUCUUGUCAUGCUUAAGGACACGCAAUGGCAAUGGAGGAGCAUAAAAGUCGCCUUGUAUACACUUUCUAUAUGCUAACAUUGUUCCUGUGCGGCGCCGUGCUGUUUCUCAUUGGCUUCUUUCCCGCCUCCUACUCCGUUGCAGAGCAAGAGAAUAGUGUGCCCAUUGACCGUCCAACAACACUGCACGGUGAAAACUUGGUACCACCGCCAGCCAGCUAUAACUCGUUCAUUCUGUUCCUGAUCGAUGCCCUGCGCGAUGACUUCCCCAAUGAGUCCAGCAUGCCGGUUGCCUAUGACAAGGCUUGUAUGAAGCUCAGCCUGCACGUGGAUAUUCCGACGGUGACAAUGCCACGGCUGAAGAGCAUUACCACUGGCACACUAUCCAACUUUAUAGACAUUGCACUCAAUGUGGGACACACCGAGCAGGUGGAGGAUUCCCUGUUGCAUCGCCUAAAGCAGCGCAAUGCCGUUGUGUCCCUUGCCGGUGACCACACCUGGGUGCACCUCUUUCCUACGGAGUUUACACGAACAGCCGCAAACAAUGAUUCGUUUUAUGUGAAUGACUUUUAUGAGGGCGACAAAAACGUGACUAAUGCGUUGGAAUCGGAGCUGGAGAAGAAAGACUGGAAACUACUUAUACUACACUAUCUGGGCUUGGAUCACAUUGGUCAUGUGGAAGGCCAUGCCAGUCCAAAAGUGAAUCACAAACUAAAGGAAAUGGACAAUGCAGUGAAAAAGAUACUGGAUCACAAGAAUAUGGACAACUAUUUGUUAAUGUUGACGGGCGAUCAUGGCAUGGCUGAUGGCGGCGGACACGGCGGCAACACGGCCGCAGAGACCACUGUUCCACUUUAUUUGUACUCCAACAACUGCAGCAAGUACACUACUAGCACCAAGAGAUACAAUCAAAUUGAUCUGACGCCCACGUUGGCGUUGCUGCUGUCCGUGGAGAUACCCACAAUGUCCAUUGGCUGCCUGAUACCGGAAAUGCUGCAGUCCUUAUCGCUGGAGCAGCAGAUGUACGCCUAUUUCUAUAAUGCCCAUCAUCUGCUCAACAAGGCGAGAGUCAAAUUUGGACAUGAAAAUGUCCGGCGUAGUGAUUACUAUGUUUGGUAUACGAAUGCAACGUUGCUGCACAAGGAGCUGUUGCAACCACUGCGCAGUGGGAAUGCCAACAGCGUCAGCAAAGUCCACUAUGAGAAUGCCAAGCUCAAUUAUCUACGGGUGGCACGUGAGAUAUCCGGACAACUAUCGGAGUCGCUGGUCAAAUUCGAUUACGGUUUAAUAGCCGUCGGAUUGGCGCUCACAACAGCGACUUCAUUACACAUUGUGCUCAGCGUUUUGUUUCUGGACACUGCAACGGAUCAACUGCAGCUGGACAAAAUGAAAGUGGGUCAGUUGCUGCUCUCACUGGUUGUGGGAAUUAUACUGAACAUUGUGGGUCAUAUGCUGGAUCAAUUAAUGACCAGCUCAAUGCUGCAGAGCCUGCUCUUGGUGUUGCCCAUAGUUGCCUCUGUUUACCUGUCCAUGGAUGUGGCUCAAGCGUUGAUCAAGAUUGCACUGCCGCCUCUCUAUUCACGUCGCUUGAAGUUAUCCAUACCGCUGCCGUUGUCACUGCUGGCAUGCUUAGCCAUACGCACCUUCUCCCUGGGCUCCUCGUCGUUCAUUGAGUUUGAAUACAAGACAUGGUACUAUCUGGGAAAUUCGCUUAUACUGCUGAUCGCACUCAAGACACUACGUCGCCGCAUUACCAAGGCGAAUGUGGAGCUGGAUGGACGACAUUUGCACAAGAUUGCCUCGGCUUGUCUGUGGCAACAGCGCAAGAUCUUUGUGGUGCUCAUCCUGCUCACACUCAUGCGAUAUCUGCACAGAUUGACGAGCAUUAAGAGCACCCUGAUGCUGUUCGCAUUGCUGCUGUUCUGGGCACGUCUUCGCAAGUUCACGGAUACACCGCAGGCCAUCUUCAACGGCAUCGCCUUUCUGCUGGUCUAUAGUUUUCGCGGUCUCAACGGACAGGUGCAAUUCUUUGUGCUGCCUCAGUAUUUGGCUGCGCGCUUUGUGCUGCCUGUCCUGGUGCUUUUCUGGUGCUGCCUGGCGCUUGUUUUCGUCCUUGGCUACCGCCAAGCUUUGCCACAGCAGCAGCACAGUGGCGGACACAGUUUGCUGGAUGCUCCCAGGCCAAGCAGCAAUCUGCUGAAGCUGCUGCAAACCAAUUUGACCUGCUCCCUGAUGCUGGUGGCACUGCUGUACAAGGUGCAGAACAUUGUGCUGCUGCCCACGCUGCUCAUAACGCUGGACGAGACCUAUAAGCUAUGCGAAGCUUACGGCACCACUGCUCGAAAGUUCUCGGUGCGCUUGGUGCAUGUCUAUAAGAUCAUCAUGACCAUAUUUGUGGCUAGAAUGUUUUACUUCUAUCAGGGCAACUCGAACAGUUUGUCCACCAUUGAUCUGACACCCGGAUACAUUGGCCAGACCAGCUAUAAUCCGCUGCUUGUUGGCUUCUUUGUCACAAUGAAUACCUACAGCGCCGAGAUACAUUCCUUUCUCUAUCUAAUUGUGCACACGCUGCGUGCGGAUCUGCGCAAUGUGGGCAUUCUCCAGUUGCUGCCGUCCUAUGCCAAGGCAGCGGACUCGUUGGUGGCACCGUUGUAUGCUGCUCUGGUCAUGCUGCCGGCGGCAUUCUAUCUCUGUCUGAUGGUUGGCUUUCGUUAUCAUUUGUUCAUCUACUCCGUCUUCUCACCCAAAGUGCUGUACGAUUGUUAUACUGUUUUGGUCUUUUACUUGGUAUUUCUAACAACGAGUUUGUACUUUAAAUUGUUUAAACAAGACGCUUAAAUAUUAAUGUAAUUUAAAAGCUUUAAAACUUAA